UCAACCCACAGUCCCUCACAGCAGAUGCACACAACAGCACACAGGGGACCGUAAAACGUUGGUUUCCACCGAGAACUUCUUACUGUUUGUUGUUUUUUUAUAGGCUAUAAGAAAAUGGACGAUUUGCUGAUGAAAUAGAAAUAUGAUAUGGGAUCAAAUUCAUAUUCAAGGAAAAUCGAAAAGUUCGAGUUUUACGCAGUCUUUUGCAUACAGUAUUUUAGCUGUCCCUUUCAUUCAGGAUGGCUAAACUGGCUUUGGUGUGCAUCAUUUGUUGCACCUUUAUAGCAUUUUGUUCUGCUGCGCCAAAGGAGCGCACGAGUACUGCCAAAUCUGCGACAACUGAACCUGUUACUAAUGCAGAACCUAUUGCGGACCACGGAGAAAACGAUACGUUACCGGAAGAGAUGGACACACAUCAGAAUAUCCUUACGCAGCUGCUGGGUGAUUAUGACAAAGUGAAAGCCCUGUCGGAAGGCUCUGACUGUCGCUGUAAAUGUGUUGUCAGACCCAUGAGCAGGAGCGCCUGUCGGCGGAUAGAAGAGGGAACCGCCACUGCACAAGACUUCUACACAGUGGAAACUAUCACCUCAGGGCCAGAGUGCAAGUGCGCCUGCAUCGCUCCUGCAUCUGCGGUCAAUCCCUGUGAGGGGGAGUUCAGGUUGAAGCAGCUACGGGAAGCAGGGAAGGAUAAUAUUAAGCUCAGCUCAAUUAUUGAAUUGCUGGAGGGAUCCUUCUAUGGCCUGGAUCUAUUGAAUCUGCAUUCUGUCACAACUAAGCUCCUGACCCGUGUGGAAAACAUUGAAAAGAGCCAGGCAUUGCCUCAGAGCCAAAGCCAGAACCAGAGCCAGGAUAAGACUGGUCCAGAGAAGAGUCCCUUUGUCCAGCCACAGCAGGGGAAGGAGAGCCCCUCUAUCCUCUCUAACUUGCUGCCUCUGGAGAAAAAGAAUAGACUGACAGAUCUAAAUGAUAUGGCUGCAGCCUAUCAGAAAAAAGAGGAGAGAUAUGAGGAGAGGUUUAUUGGAAGCCACAAGUCCUCCAGACCGUUACAGAAGACAGAUGGUUCAGGGCUCAGCCCCACCACUCAGGGGUCCCUGUUGAACUUGGUGAUGCCCCAAAAUGGAGUAAGACAGGGGGUGAAGACUGGCCCCAACGGGAUGGUUAUAAGGGGGAUGACUUUCUACAAAUCUGACCAGAUGGUGGCUGAUGACGGGGAGCCAGGGGAGAAUUUCUUUGAGUAUGAUAUGUUGAGUGGUGAUGGCACAGUCAACCUAUUCAUUGAGGAGCAGCUCUUCCAGCACAGGGCUCCUCAAAAACCUAGAGGGAGGGCGGGACAAAAAGCGGUUCAGCCAAAGAGCACAGACCAAGAAAUGGGGGCCGAGCAGACCCGUCAAUCAACACAGCCUAUCCAAACUCAAGUGGAAACCACUGCUAAGAUGAUUUCUUCCGUGUUGGCUAACACUGCUCCACCUACCAUAGGAAACACAGUUAAGGGACAGAUGGUCAUGCCAAUUGAAAACUCUGAUACUAACUCAAUCAUGGGUCAGACCACUGGGCAGACUACGGAUGGGGGAACUGAGAAGCCCAUCCCUUUGAUGCUGAAACCAGCCAACAACAUACAGAGCACAGAGGCACCAUUCAAUACAUCAAAGAGUCAGGUAGGCACUGAGACCACAAGGCAGAUGACUGUCAGACCCACAGACACACCUGUAAUUGCCUUGGAAAGUACUGGUUUAGAAUCCCUCAGACCCUUGGAGGAAAAAGACAAAAUGCAGACGACCAUAAGCACUAGUAGAGACAACAAUCAUACCACUCAAGGACAAAGCAGAGCUACAGGGUCCUCUUCCAUCAAAACAAAUGGCACGGCAACUACUGCCAUGACAACAACUGCCACGGCAACUACCGCCACAGCAACUCCUGCCACGACAGCAACCCCAAAAACUGUCCCUCUAGCGACAACAGUGCCAACAGCUGUCUCUGUAGCAGGAACCAUUUGGCCAACAACCGGCAGCUCUACGUUGACUAUGUCCCCUACAAAACAGAGGCAGGCUAGGAUCUUCUCCACUAGACCAUCAACCACCGGCCCAUUUACCACUCCUACUACCAUAGACCCCUUUACCACUCAUAGUGCCAUACACCCAUUUACCACCCCUACUACUAGAGACCCAUUUACCACUGCUACUACCAUAGAUCCCUUUACCACUCAUAGUGCCAUAGACCACUUUCCUAUCCCUACUACCCCAGACCCUUUUACUAUCCCUACUACCCCAGACCCCUUUACCACCACUACUACCACAGACCCCUUUACCACCACUACUACCACAGACCCCUUUACCACCCCUACUACCACAAAGCAUUUUACCACCACUACUUCCACAGACCGAUUUACCACCCCUACUACCACAGAGCCUUUUACCACCACUACUACCACAGACCCCUUUACCACCCCUACUACCACAGACCCCUUUACCACCCCUACUACCACAGACCCCUUUACCACCCCUACUACCACAGAGCCUUUUACCACCACUACUACCACAGACCUCUUUACCACCCCUACUACCACAGAACCCUUUACCACCCCUACUACCACAGAACCCUUUACCACCCCUACUACCACAGACCCCUUUACCACCCCUACUACCACAGACCCCUUUACCACCCCUACUACCACAGACCCCUUUACCACCCCUACUACCACAGACCCCUUUACCACCCCUACUACCACAGACCCCUUUACCACCCCUACUACCACAGACCCCUUUACCACCCCUACUACCACAGACCCCUUUACCACCCCUACUACCACAGACCCCUUUACCACCACUACAACCACCAGCCGGCGUCAACCUGCCAAACGCAGGUACCGUCUCACCUGGGAGGAGGAUGUGGGAGAAAAUGGGAACCCAGAGGAUGCUAAGGAACCAGGACAACAAACGCCAACCAGAAAGCCUGGAGAGUGUAAGGACACACUGGCCACUGUCUCUGAGCCUGUUCUCCUCAACACCUACGGCCGGAACGAGGGGGCCUGGAUGAAGGAUCCACUGGCCAACGAUGACAAGAUAUACGUCACUAACUACUACUAUGGAAACAACCUGCUGGAAUUCCGCAAUAUGGUGGCCUUUAAAUCAGGUCGAUUCACCAAUUCCUAUAAGCUUCCCUACAACUGGGCCGGGACAGGCCACGUGGUCUACAGCGGAGCGCUCUACUACAACCGCGCAUUCUCUCGUGACAUCAUCAAGUUCGACCUGCGCAGACGCUACGUGGCAGCCUGGACCAUGCUGCAUGACGCUGUGUUCGAGGAGGCCUCGACGCCGUGGCAAUGGCGCGGUCACUCUGACAUUGAUUUUGCGGUGGACGAGAGUGGGCUGUGGAUUGUCUACCCUGCCCUGGAUGAUGAGGGAUUCCUACAGGAAGUGAUCAUCCUGACCCGGCUGAACCCCUCCGACCUCAGUACCCAGAGGGAGACGACCUGGAGGACAGGCCUCAGGAGGAACCGCUACGGGAACUGCUUCAUCGUAUGCGGCGUGCUGUACGCCGUCGACAGCUACGACGCGAAGGACGCGUACUUGUCGUACGCCUUUGACACGCACACCAACACUCAGAUGAUUCCUAGAAUGCCUUUCACCAACAACUAUACCUACACCACGCAGAUUGACUACAACCCCAAGGAGGGGAAGCUGUACGCCUGGGACAAUGGACACCAAGUCACGUACAAUAUCAAUUUUGCCUACGUUGACCCCCUGUAAGAGUUUGGGAAAGGUCACGUAUGGCACAUUGAAGUGGAUUGUAGACCAGUCCACCUAGCUGCUUGUCAGCCUUUAUAAAGCUUGCUGUUCUGUCACUGUGUAUAUUUUUUUGCCUUGUUUUUUACAUUACUGGACAAAUUUAAAGAGUAGAGAAGUUAUGCAAAACUGUUCUGUAGUCUAUAGAGCACACAGUAUGUUGUAUAUACUGUAAUAUAAAUCUAAACCGUUGUGAGAGAAAUGAAUGUACUGUAGAAUAAUAACAUUGCUACAAAGUCUUAAAAAGAAGUUGGGUUUAGAAGAAGCUAUGGCAUUACAAACAAACAGUUCCAAACAUGACAACAGGAGUGUUAAAAAUAAAUGUAGACAACUGUAUACUUAUUUUUUUUUACAUACCUUUAUUCUUUAAUUCUUUGUACAUAAACCUUGUGGAAAUAACGCAGAUAGCGGUUUCCUUUUAUCUUAUGGGAAGCACUCAUAUCACAUUGUACUGUUUGGAAGAGACUGCAAUAAAGUUAAAAUACGAAUUAAAAAGUCUCCUUUUGUAGGUUUCAACGUUUAAAGUGGCC